AUGUUUUGCGAAGCUUUUCGCAAUAAAUCGCCGCACGAACGGUAUGACUACGCACUACAAGCUAAGCUGUGCCUAUACUGUUUGCACAUCGGCCACCAGCAAGCAGCUUGUUCUUCCGAGCGCCGUUGCAAGACGUGUCAAGCUAAGCACCACACAAUGCCGCACGACUACUUUGCUUUCAAUGCGACUAGUACGAGCAAACAGGCUGCAUCCUCUCAUAACGCAGUCACAACAAGGCAAGACCCUAAUAUGCUGCCGCCGGUACUGAUCGGCACAGCCCUGAUUGAGGUUAAGUCAAAGUCCGGACACAAGGUCGUUUUACGAGCUUUACUGGACAGCGGGGCAGAAGCAACGUUCAUCAGCGAAUCCGCAGUCAACUUGUUACACUUGGUGAAGUCUAAUGUAAAGAUACCUAUUAAUGGUGCUAACGGUGAUAGAGUGGCUACAGCAAAGGGGCUAGUAACGUUUAAUCUACGUUCAUUGAAAUCCGACUUCGAGCUUGCAUGCAUCGCUCUAGUGCUGCCUCGAGUUGGAAACCGAACCCCGACGGUAGCUAUUGCACCGAACGAUGUUCAACACUUUAGUGAGUUAGACCUUGCUGAUCCCACCUGGAACGUACCGCAACCGAUUGAUGUCAUCUUAAAUGCUGCCGAUUAUGCUGCUCUUCUGUUAAGCGGAAUACAGCGUAGCAAAACUAGUCUUUUGAUUGGCCAAAGUACACGGUUGGGUUGGGUAAUUUUCGGCAGUUCUGCUAAUCAAUCUUUCGUAACGACACGGGAUGUGAUCGACUGCUAUCACACUCAACUCGAUCUCGACCGAACGCUUCGCAGCUUCUGGGAGUUGGAAGAGCUUAAUUCAACGCCCGCACUAACGCAAGAUGAUCGAUUCGUCGAGAAUUACUUCAACCGCACUACGCGGCGAGCUGCAGACGGUCGUUAUAUUGUGCGGCUACCAGUCAAACCGGAUUCUGAUCUAACGCAAUUAGCCUCUACGCACCAUGAUGCGAUUAUUCUCCUCGAUCAUCUUCGUCGACGUUUAUCUCGAGAUCCGGUCAUGCGAGAUAUGUACGAAGAAUUUAUCAACGAGUACGCAUCAUUGCAACAUAUGGUCAGCAUCACUAAAGAAGAAGAAUGUUCAACGCCCAUCUGUUAUCUCUGCCACCACGGCGUCUGGAAAACAUCCAGCAGCACAACGAAAUUAAGGGUCGUCUUCAACGCUUCAAGACGAUGCAACAGUGGUAAGUCUCUUAAUGAUUGCUUAUACUCUGGUCCUAAGUUACAGACCGACCUGACUGCUGUUGUACUAAAUUGGCGUCGAUAA